AUGAGUCCUUCAAGCCCAGUCGGUGGUAAGCCGCCUUCUUACGAGCCAGUUCCCUCUGUCGACAUCGACGAGAAAGCUGCCAUCCAGACACCAAAAGAUCUCGAGGACGGCCAACCACAACCUCGACGCAAAACCAUGACUUUCUGCCGAAGAGCCAUGUUGGUCUUGGGCCUCACAUGGCUGGUGCUGACCGGUGUGGCCAUGGCCGGCCCUCACCCGCGGUGGAAGAUGCCGUGCCAUCAGGCCGAAGGCCAGCAAGAGGUCGCCGAUGCCUCAAGGGAUUCAUCAUUCUCAACUCUACUGAACGCGGCAUCGCCCAAGUCUCUUCACGACCUUCUCCACCGGUACUUCCCCGAGAAGUUCCAAGACGGUGUCUGGCCAUCGGAACGCGAUGCCGUUGCGGCCGUUCACCAAGCCAAUGCGGCUCUGGCAACGUCCAUUGUCCAACUGGCCAAGCGGGACGCGAACUCGACCUCGAUCGAAACCUCCACUAGCGUGCCUGAACCCGAGCCCACAGCUUCAACGUCCUCUAGUUCUGUGCCCCCAGUUGAGACCACCAUCACCACCACCACCACUACCGCCCCAACCAGCACCUCGGUCAUCACUCCCAGCAGCAAGCCGUCUCCCACGCCCACUCCCGAGCCUACUCCUACUACACAACCUGGUACGUCCCUCACGAGUCCCACAGGGAACACUCUUCCCCCGGAUGACCCUUCUUCUUCUGUGCCGCGGACGACUGUUGGUGCGUCUUCCACCUCUAUGGCUUCGUCGUCCUCUUCGUCGUUGUCGUCGUCCUCUUCAUCGCAGGUGUUGUCUUCUGCGGUUGAUGGAGAAACGACUUUGACGACCUCUACCAUCCUGCCUGAUGAGGAGACGUCUACUUCUACGCCUCCUCCCAACACGAGCAACACGAGACGUACCUCUAGCUCUAUCGUCACCACUUUCACUCAGACCUCCAAUGGCAAUGUCAUCACUGUCACAUCGACGACUUUUGUCUAUGACAUCCCGGUAGAGACGACGCCAGCGGGUGCUGAGGAGCCGACUGUUACCCCUAGCCUCCAGAACGGGGCUCUCGGGAUGCAGAAGCAACAAAAGGGGUCGUUGUUGGCGGGUGUUAUUGCUGCGAUGGGCAUGUUUCUGAUUUAG